AUGUUUUUCUUCAAAGAAAGCAUCAUCACUUGGUUGAUCCUUAUAACCAUUGUACUUUACAUCCUCUAUUCUUUCAACCUUCUCCUCUUUAACAAUGACCAACAAGAUUGUUCAACUUCCACAACCAUUUUAGAUGACACUACAACCCAAGACCGCCUUCAAACCAUUAGUUAUAAUAUAUCAUCAACUACAGCUACCCUUGAACAGAAUCAACGAAUAGAAGAGAAAGAAACAAGACAGAAUAAUGAUGAAGCAGAACAAGAAGAAGAAGAAGCUGGUGCUCAUGCAGAAGAACCACAAGAAGAAGAUGAAGAAGAAGAAAACAAAUCCCCUGUGGUAGUUCGGUUAACCCCUAAUCAAAUGUCUGGUAGAAAAGAAACGGAGCUUAAACAUAUUGUUUUUGGGAUAGCUGCUUCAUCAAACUUAUGGCACAUUAGAAAAGAAUACAUCAAAAUAUGGUGGAGGCCUAAACAAACAAGAGGGGUUGUGUGGUUGGAUAAAAAUGUGAGGACUCAAAGAAAUGAAGGGUUACCCGAGAUUCGAAUUUCAGGGAACACUUCGAAAUUCAGAUAUUUGAAUCGUCAGGGACAAAGGUCUGCAUUGAGGAUAUCAAGGGUUGUGACAGAGACAUUGAAGCUUGGAAUGAAGGAUGUGAGAUGGUUCGUUAUGGGUGAUGAUGACACUGUGUUCGUGGUUGAUAAUGUGGUUAGAGUUCUUUCCAAGUAUGACCAUAGACACUUCUAUUAUAUUGGUAGCUCAUCUGAGAGCCAUGUUCAGAACAUACAUUUCUCAUAUGCUAUGGCAUAUGGUGGUGGAGGAUUUGCCAUAAGCUACCCUUUGGCCAAGGAACUUGCAAAGAUGCAAGAUCGCUGCAUUCAGCGUUACCCUGCUUUAUAUGGCAGUGAUGAUAGAAUUCAUGCUUGCAUGGCUGAGCUAGGAGUGCCUCUCACUAAGGAAGCUGGCUUUCACCAGUAUGAUGUGUAUGGAGACUUAUUAGGCCUUUUAGGGGCACACCCUGUGGCUCCACUAGUAUCAUUGCACCACCUUGAUGUGGUGCAACCGAUAUUUCCAAGGAUGACAAGAGUUCGAGGCUUGAGGCACUUAAUGGAAUCUGUGAAUCAGGACUCAGCUAGCAUAAUGCAACAAUCAAUAUGCUAUGACAAGAACAGAUAUUGGUCAAUUUCUGUUUCGUGGGGUUAUGUGGUUCAAAUCCUGAGGGGAGUGUUGUCCCCUAGAGAACUAGAGAUGCCGUCAAGAACGUUUCUAAAUUGGUAUAAAAGAGCUGAUUACACUGCAUAUGCAUUCAACACAAGGCCUGUUGCUAAACACCCCUGUCAGAAGCCCUUCAUUUACUAUAUGAGCAGAACUCAUUAUGAUUCGGCCACGAAACGAGUUGUUGGUGUUUAUUCUCGUGACAAAUCUAAAUCUCCUUACUGCCGGUGGAAAAUGGAUUCACCGGAGAAAAUCACUUCCAUCGUAGUUACAAAAAGGCCAGAUCCUUUGCGAUGGAAAAAGUCACCGAGGAGAGACUGCUGUAGAAUUCUGCCAUCACGUAAGAGCACAACUCUGUACCUGUGGGUGGGCAAUUGUAGAGAGGGUGAAGUUACUGAAUUGUAG